AAAUGUUUGCCUCAUUUCAUCGUCAACAGUCAGUAUCGUUUGUAACAUCAGAGUCUUAUAAUAUUUUUGUGACUAAUUAAAUUGUGCUUAUCUUAUCAUCAUUUGCUGUUCUAGAUUGUGAUUAACAAAUUAUAAAGUUUCGUGAGAUAUGCCAGAAUAUAAAUAUCUUCCAGGUUUCGGCUCUGAAUUUGUAUCAGAACAUCCCAACUAUCCAGAUGCACUUCCAAAAGGCCAAAACACACCUCAAAAAUGUGCUUAUGGUUUAUAUGCUGAACAAUUGAAUGGAGCAGCAUUUACAGCCCCAAGAAUUGAAAAUUUCCGAACAUGGUUCUACCGCAUUCGUCCAUCUGCUGUUCAUAAGCCAUUCCAACCUUACAACGGUGCCAAAUUUUUGAGCAACAAUUGGGAUGAAGUUCCCCCAAAUCCAAAUCAACUUCGGUGGAAUCCAUUUGACAUUCCGGGCGAGAAAAUUGAUUUUGUUGAUGGCUUACAUACAGUUUGCGGUGCUGGUGAUGCAAAGAGUCGUCAUGGAAUUGCCAUCCAUAUUUACAUGUGCAACAGCUCAAUGGAAAAUCGUGCAUUUUACAAUAGUGAUGGGGAUUUGUUGAUUGUGCCACAGGAAGGAGCACUUGACAUUGUAACUGAGUUCGGUAGAAUUUAUGUCGAACCAAAUGAGAUUUGUGUCAUUCAACAAGGUAUGAGAUUUGCUGUCAACGUUACGGGACCGACACGUGGAUACAUCUGUGAGGUUUAUAACGGUCAUUUUAAGAUUCCUGAUUUGGGACCAAUUGGAGCUAAUGGAUUAGCCUUUCCACGUGAUUUUCUUACUCCAACGGCAUGGUUUGAGGAUCGUGAUGUUGAGAACUUCCAAGUAAUCUCUAAAUUUCAAGGAUCUUUAUUUUCUGCGUCGCAAAAUCAUUCGAGCUUUGAUGUUGUAGCAUGGCAUGGUAAUUAUGUCCCAUAUAAAUACAAUCUUGCUAACUUUAUGGUCAUUAAUUCGGUCAGCUUUGAUCAUUGUGACCCAAGCAUCUUCACCGUCUUAACAUGCCCAAGUCUUCGUCCAGGAACAGCAAUCUGUGAUUUUGUAAUUUUCCCACCACGUUGGUCAGUACAAGAGAACACAUUCCGUCCACCAUAUUAUCACCGUAAUUGCAUGAGUGAAUUUAUGGGUCUCAUUCAAGGAAGAUAUGAAGCAAAAGAAGGCGGAUUUUUCCCAGGUGGUGCUACAUUGCAUUCUAUUAUGACUCCACAUGGUCCAGACUACGAUUGUUUUGAUCAAGCAUCAAAUGCAAAAUUGGAACCGCAGAGAAUUGCUGAGGGAACACAAUCGUUCAUGUUUGAAUCGUCAUUGAGUAUGGCAACAACAAAAUGGGGACAAGAGACAUGCAACAAAUUGGAUCAACAAUAUUAUGAAUGUUGGCAGAAGUUGAAGAAUAAUUUCCGUAUAAGCUCUUACGGCCGUGCAGUUAUGUUGGAUGUUUGACAUAAAUUGUGCAUCUAUAUUAUUUUGGUGAUGGAUUAAUUAAUUUUAAUUUUUAUGGAAUUAAAUAAAGUUUGUGUCUUACAGUCUGGAUAGGGGGUAUUGCUUGGGGGCUGUUGUGAUUUUUUCGGAUCAUAAGCACCCCUAAAUACAUCCUACAAAUGACUAUAGAAAUAAAAAUAAUC